AUGAAAUUAAUAAAUAAGUUCCACUCUAAGGGAAAUGAACAAGAGAUACAUGCUGUACUUAUCACCUUGAUCAUGAACGGAAAAGAGUCCGAAGGCCGAAUGAGCGUGUCGCUGACAAUGAACCGAUCCGCCAAUCCUCUAGCCGCCUUGGUCAAGCUUCCCUACCCGGCUAUAUACAAGUUUACGUGCAACAUGGGGCUUCGAUGGUUCCCGUUCGACCACCAGCUCUGUCGCAUGAUGUUCAUGUCGCAGAGUUUCGACUCGUCGGCAAUCACCUACAAGCUGCUGCACGAAAACCUGUCGCUGAGCAAGUACGAAGCCCAUCCGCAGUGGACGCUGGUGUCGUCAACCAUUACGACCGAUAUGUCAUACCGUCGCUGGAACUCUGAACUGUACUCAACGAUCGCGAUCGAACUGCUUCUGCAACGAAAGCCGACUUACUACGUGUUCAACUUUCUGUUUCCGUGUGUCGUCGUCACCCUGGUCAGCAUCAUCGGCUUCUUCAGCGAGGAGAACAUCCUCGGCCAGAAAAGACAGAAGGUUUAUAUGGGUAUCAACGCGCUGCUCGGCAUGUCCGUUCUGCUUCUGAGUCUGUCGAGCCACAUCCCAUCCACAUCGUCGUACAUACCGCUACUCGGUGAGUAA